AUGGGAGAUCACAUGCAGGUAGAAGAUUACGAGCUAUGGGAUAUAAUUACUGAUGGUUCACUUUCAAUAGUGAAGAAAAAUGCUGAAGGUAAUGAUGUUCCAAAGACAAGAGCUAACUACAAUGCUGAGGAUUUGAAGAAGUGGGAGAAAAAUGCUCAAGAAAUUUCUUGUAAGAUAAAGUAUCCAUCUAAAGAAAGAUUAUCUGAAUUACUGCUGGAGUUAAUUGAUGAAUCUGAAGAUGUGAAUAAUGAAAAGGAACAGUUGUUAAAGGAGUGUGUCAUUUUGAAAGCAAAGUGCAAAAAUCUGAAACUUAGGGCUUGUGAAACUGAAAAUGAAAAUAUUAUUUUGAAGAACCAACUUCGUGCACUUGAUACAACUGUUUUAGAACUUAAAUCUGAAAAUAUAAAAUUAAAGUUAGGAACAAGUAAGGAAAUAGCUAGUGACAGAGAACUCACAUUAGAAGGAGAUUUAGGAAAGGUAAAAGAUGAGUUAUAUAAAAGGGAUGAUCAGGUCCAAGUGAAGGAGAGCAGCCAAAUAUGGUUCAUGGAUAGUGGUUUUUCAAAACACAUGACAGGAAGCAAGAACCGGUUCCUUUCACUUGCGGACCUUAAAGGAUAUGGACUGAAAUACAGCUUGAUAAAUGUAUCACAACUGUGUGAUAGAGGAAAUAUGGAACAAGAUGAUGAAGAAAUUGGACUGACAAGAAAUUCAAAUGGUGAAACAACAUUCCAACCUAAAACUACAUCACGGGAAAGGAUAGGUGAUGAAACAGGUUUUCUUGUUGAUAGAAAGAGUACUUCAGGGGCAAUGGUGUUAUGGGGUGAUGAGAGUACUGAUAGGGAAGAAAGUGUUGAAAUUGGAGGUAGUGGUUCUGGGGAUACUACUGCAGCGGAGGGGCUGAAAGGCAAUGGGUGGCAAGAAGAGAAAGGCUGCCUUUUCUAUCCCUCUAGAGACUCUUCCCACAAGAGGAAAAACUAUAAGGAGCUAGAAGAAGCAAAGUUAGGCCAACUUGAAAAGGCCUUACCUGAAAGUGCCAAGAAAGCUGCUGCCAAGGGGAAGAAAAAUGAUGGACAGACAAGUGAGGAAAUUCAGAUAGAAGAGAUGGACCUGGUCCUUCAUGAUGAGGACGAGGCAGAGGAAGUGGAGGUUGUGACUCCCACUUCUAAAAAGAUAAAAACUUCUGAGGAGAAGUCUCCAGAAAAGUCUGUUAAGAUAGAGGAGUCUGCCUUGUUCAAAAGAACCAGGUAUGCUAGAAAAUCAAGGAAAGUUCAAAUAGUGGAGGAAGAAAGUGAAGAAGAGGAGACUGAUGAAUAA